UUUGUAUUUGCUUUAUAAGCUGUCCCAGCAGUUUUAGAUUACCCUUCCAACUCUUCUCUCUCCGGAAAUCAAAGUCCAGCAUCAAUCUUCCUAGACGGAAUGGCUGCAACGGAAUCAAAAGCGGAAGCUAGAGAACAAGUAGAACCCCUCAUGUGUAAGACUUGCGUGUUGAAAGUCUCCAUUCACUGCGAAGGAUGCAAAAGGAAAGUCAAGAAAGUUCUCCAGAGUAUUAACGGUGUUUAUAACGUAGACAUUGAUCUGAGGCAACAUAAAGUGGUGGUAACGGGGAACGUGGACAGCGAAACUUUGAUCAAGAAAUUGAUAAAAACAGGGAAGCACGCGGAGUUGUGGCCAGAAAAAGCUGAAUCAAAAAAGAAAAAGCAGCCCAAACCAGAGAAAAAAGAGAAACAGACCGACCCAGAAAGCACUGAAGAAAGCAACCAAGGCGGUGAUACCGAAAAAGAAACUGUCAAAGGUGUAGUCCAAGACUCCGAAGGCGGCAACCCCAGUAAAGAUAGCAAUGAAGGACCACCAACUGGUAAAACCGGUGUCCAGUUCCAAGAACCAAGUCCGGAGGCGAAGCAAACAGGGAUAUCACCGGCCGGUAACCCUUCGCCGGCGGCCGAGAAAAAAGUUAGCAUCGCUGUCCAGGUUGGCAGUGAAAAUGAAGCAGCUCCAGGGAAUGAAAAAAGCGGAGGAGGUAAAAAGAAGAAAAAGAAGGGGCAUAAGGGGAAUAACGCUGGCGAACACUCUGGUGGUGAUGCCCCUGCAAGCACCGGAUCGGCGAACCCAUCACAUGGCCAGGGUGAUCAAGGCCAUGAUCCAGUUCCGGCUUCAUUUCCAAAUCCAGCAAAUCAGAGCCCUCCACGCCAUCCCAUGUACCAUCAGUAUCCUCCCGGACCUCCACAUUACUAUUCACCACCGGUGUACACCGUGAGCCAUCACACAGCGUAUCCCAGCAGCAGCUACAGCACAGCGUAUUAUACGGCCCCACAGCCACAUUCAUACGCGCAGGUGCAUUAUCCCGGGAUGGGGACAGAAACGGAGCCUCCACCGUACGAUUCGGAAGCGUAUACAUCACAUCCGUCCAAUUCUUCAUUCGAGUUCUUCAGCGACGAAAACCCAAAUGCGUGCUCCGUCAUGUGAGAGGCAGUGCGCGUGAUGAUUACACAGAAGGGACAAUCUGGACUUUUCACGAAAUUUCCUGCAUACGCCUCGUAUGGCUGUGGGAGUAUUAAUUCUUGUAAUGCAUAUCGAUGUAGAUAUCAAAGAGCGGUUCUAAUUUUAAAAUCGCAGUGUACUUUCAAGAUAGAGAACAGUUUUAUUCCAUGCUUGUUUCCAACAUGAAGAGGAAUUUAAAAAAAAAAAAAGAAGGGAAGACUGGUGGAAUAAAAUGGGCAUCUGUCCCUGGGUGUCCAGUUUUUGUUCAGCGGGUGCUCUAAUUAAACACCGUAAUUCUGACGUAGAAAUAUAUAUAAUCACAUGUGCUUCUCUAUUU